CCUCUGCUUAAUAUUCAGAAGUCAGGGAUGGAAACGGUCGCUGUUCAAACACACUGCAUUAGUUGGUCUAAGACCCAACACUUAAGUCCUGGAUCAACGUGAGCCGAAGCUGAAAAAAGUGACAGUUGGAGUAAAAUAGUCCAAAGUCAAGCGGAGCUGACCGUUACACUCUCAGUCCAGCAGAGUCUCCUGUGUUCAUUGAACUGGUGUCAGAAUGGCCUCAGGAGGCGACGAUAUUCCAGCACUUGAGAUGGGCUCAUCGUCUGGACUCUUUGGAGUUUUCUCUUCUCCUAUUGGAAUCACUCGACACAACAUCAGCUACGACGAGCACAUAGAUGCCCCCUUACAUUCACCACCAGCAGAUCUGACUGUGAACAUCUUAUGGAAAGACCCUGUCAUCCCGCAGCACAAGUUCAGGGACACAGCAGAGGAAGGAGGUAAAUAUGGGAAGUUGGUGACCUUUGAGGCAGCAGAUUUAGCCAAGCCCCAUGUGCCAGUGGUGAAAGCCAAAGCCACCUCCUUAAUGAGUUCACUAAUGAUAAGGCACAGCCAGGACAACAUUCAGAGGUUCGAGCACCAAGCUGGCCUCACUGACACUGGGUAUUCACCCCACAAGGGCCUCUCUGCUGAGGAGACCCGCUUUCAUUGCUUAGGUGACGCCACACUGCCAAAGUUGAAAAUGCCAAGUGGGGACUAUAAAGAGGACAGACUUUCAUCAGCACAAUCUACCCCUAGUUGCACUCCUUCUGUCACUCCCAGUGUCACCCCUAGUGUUAGUCCCCACACAUCACCAGCUACUGUUCGCAGGAGCUGGUUCCAGCUGAGUCCUUCAUCAUUCCUUGCCACCCCGGAGCUCAGUCCACACAGCCAAAGCACAGAUAUGGGAGGAAAUGAAGGAGGAGACAGGUGGAGCUUUUUUGGGACUCGGUCUGUCGUUCAGAAGUCUCCAACUGAUCCAGGCUCUGACAGUAACACAGGCUUUUCACUGCAGUCCUACUUUGGUAUGCAGAAGUCGUCCACCAUCGAUGGCUCCAACACCCAGAUCAGCCUGAAAGUUCAGGACCCCUCCAAUUUAAUCACCCCCAAGAUUGACAUCACGAGUGUCGAGACCAAGACGGCGCCGCCUCGGCCUCACAAACUAAAACCCCGGGACCUGAAUGUAUUGACUCCUUCUGGUUUCUGAAGCUAGAUUGACCUAACUGAAGUUACACCUCUGUACAGAACCCCCCCACCCCCUCACUCACUCUUAUUUAAAUGGACCGAUCUUGUGUUUCCAUCUUUCUGUGUUCCGUAUUUCCUGAGCAACAAAUACGGAACACUGAAAGCAUUAUCGCCCAAUCCCCACAGAUGCCACUGCUCCCUCAGUCCAACAUCAUUUCCUGUCUCCUUCAGCUCUUUGUUCCAUUUAAAACAUCAAAUUAUUCUUAUUUAAAGCUUAAGAAAGUUGUGUUGUAAUGUUUUUGCUUUGCUAAAUGAAUCCCAUCGUCAUGCACGGCAGUAGAUUAACUGGAUUAUCAUUUCAACUCAUCAUCUCAGCCCCUCUGUUCCCACUGAAACAGAGCAGCUGUUUUUGUUUACGAUUCUCCGUUGCCUCAUUUUUACUUUUUUCUUUUCUUUUCUUUUUUACACAGUGUAGAUGUUUGUGCUUGUCCAUAUGAGCAUGCAGGCAUUAGUUAAGUGUGAAUGUCAUUUUCUAAACUCUUUUGCCUUUUCUUGUUACAUUGCUUUUGUUAUUGUGCCAUAUAGUGUUUUAUUUUGUCGUUACGUCUGAUAAGACUGAAGUAAUUUUUAUUAUAUUUGUUCAACUUUGUUUAGUCUCAAUACUUCAUGUUAAUAGAUAGAAUUUCUUUUCCCCUGUAUGCCUCAGACAAGGACAUUUGUAAAGGUGUGUGUGUGUGUGAGUGAGUGAGAAAGGUUAAGGCAGCUUUGGACAAAGUUGUUGAUUUCUAAUAAUUGCACAAUGGAGACCCGCUCUCGCUCACAUCUGUAAAUACAUCUUAUGGUUCCAAGCAGA